GGGCUGGGGCGGCGGCUCCGCGAGGGGCGGGGAGCGGGGUUGAGGCGGUCCGGGCGCAGGUAGGCAGGCGAGCCCCCUCCUCCGUGUGCGACUCUCCUGCCGCUCCCCUCCCCGCCGGCCCCCUCGUCCUCCUGCCUUUGCUGCGUCGCCCGCGAGCCGAGCAUGGCGCCCUCCUUUCGGCCCAGCAAGAGCCGCCCGAGCCGGGACGAGGAGGAUUUCUGCGAGGCCAGAGGAGACAGGAAGGCGCGGAAGCCGCUUGUGGAGAAGAAGCGGCGGGCGCGCAUCAACGAGAGCCUGCAGGAGCUGCGGCUGAUCCUGGCGGACACCGAGUUGCAGGCGAAGAUGGAGAACGCCGAGGUGCUGGAGCUGACGGUGAAGCGGGUGCGAGGGAUCCUACAGAGCAAGGCGCUGGAUAGCGACAAACUGCAGCGGGAGGCCAGUGAGCGCUUUGCAGCUGGGUACAUUCAGUGCAUGCAUGAAGUGCAUACAUUUGUUUCCAACUGCCCGGGGAUCGAUUCCACCGUCGCUGCAGAGCUGUUGAAUCAUCUUCUAGAGUCGAUGCCUCUGAAUGAAGGCAGUUUCCAGGACCUCAUUGUGGAUGUCUUGUCAGAUCCUUCUGUCAGCCAGUGGCCUAGUGGUGAUGGGUUACUCCAGAUACCUGGGGCAUCGCCUGGAGCUCUAAGCCUGCCCAGUCCCACUUCACCUCUUCUUUCACCUUCUCCCAGUGAAGAGGUUUGCUCAGAUCUCGAAGAUACAGAGGCUGAGCAAAGCCACAUCUCUUUGGAUGGACUGGACAGGUCUAGGACGCAAAAUGUGCCUUCCUCCAGCCUUUCCAAAUCUAUGUGGAGACCUUGGUAAUAAAGGAACUGCAACAAAGGAACCAACGAAGACCUACCUAAUAGGGAGAAUACUUGAGCACUGUGUUCUUCUAGCCAUUGGAACAUAGACGGUGAGGAUUUCAGAUGGUGCAUUUGUGUUGUAAUACUGUUUUUAAGGACUGUAUAGAUGGCAUUCUUACACUGUCAGACCCUGACAGGCUAAUAGCUGGAUGUGUUAACAUUUCAUCUGUAUGUGUGAGAGAUGAGUUUUGUAAGUCUGGGUUUCUUAAGGGUGUGGGGUUUAAAAGGAUGGAAGCGUGCAAGCAGAGCUCUUUUGGUGAUGAUACACAACAGUGUUUUGCAACUUAUUUUUGUUUCUUUUAUAUCUUAUUUUGGCCCUUAUAAGUGGCCCAGAUAUCACUACCUUUUUUUAUUAGAAAAAAGCUGUUGUGCAUUUGAAAACUUGAUGGUUUAAUCCAAAACAAGGUAUGAAGUUUAAGUGUCUGUGCACAACUUCAAAUGUUCUAGUGAUAGCAUAAAAAAGGAAAAAUCCCUGAAAGGGAUCGGUGAGGCUAGUUUAGUGGUCUAGGACCUCACCUUCAGUGAAGGAAGAGAAAACUAGAGGCCAGACUGGAAUUAGGUGAGCGUUUAAAUAUUGGUGGCAGGGUGCCUUCUAGAAUCAUGUCUUAUGCACAUCUUCUAGUACAUUUGGAUUUAUUUUGGUAUGUAUAUUAGCUUGUCAAAUGUUUUAUUUUUAAUCUUUUAAUAAAAAACUAAAUUCACCAAUGAUUGCAUGUAUUUUGGGGUGUGGCGCUUCUGCCCUGGAAAUUCACUUCAUGUUAGCAAUUAACCAGUAAUGUAUCUUUGAGUGCAAAUGUUGGUAAUUAAGCACUUAAUUCUUGUACUGUACUUGUCUGUUCAAGUAUGGGCAGUGGGAAUGUUUCAUUUGUUCAGGAUUCUUGGGUAAUGCAUUGGUGAUGGGUUUGGAGGUUUUUUUUGUUAAUUUGGGGUGCUAAAUUCCUAGGCUUGAUUAUGUAAAUUUCAGGUUGUUACUUAAUUGGCCUUUAUGAAUCUUUUUAAAGAAAAAAGCCCAUUCUACACUUGUGCUGCUCUGAGCCUGUGCACAUUCUCUUUGAAGUAAGCCCCACUGUGUUCAAGAGGGCUUUCUCCUAAGCUGGUGUACAUAGAAUUGCAGCCUGGUGAAACUUUCCUGUCUGAAUGGAAAAAACUUUAAUUAACAUGCAUUGGAGUAGAAAGCUCAGCUGAUCUGCUAUGGUGUUAGCCCUCCUCCAGGUGAAAUCAGUCUCUCUAUUUUGUGCUGUUUUGUGUUAUUACUUUUCCAUAGUGCUGUCAUUGUAACAUAAACCAAUGCUGUAAAGCUACUUAACACAUGGAAGUGUCCCAGCAUCAUAAAAGGGAGGGGUCAGAAGUAAGAUAGGGAACUAGCUAUGUAAUCUUCCUUUUUUGUUAAUCAUGUGGAAUAAUAAAAGUGGAAACUGUCA